CCGCCUGCCGCCCGCCGCCCGCCUCCCGCCGGGGGCUCUCCUGCCUCGCCAUGCCGCCGUGGGACGCCGCCCUCGUCCUGCUCCUGGCCGCGCUCGCCCUGCUUGGCCUGCUCGUUCCGCGGCUGCGGCGCCCCAGGAGGCGCGCCGUCGGAGCGAGGACCCUGCCGGGGGCCCGGGGCCAGGACGAUGAGGACGAGGUGGACGGCAGAGGCCCCGCGGACCAGUUCAGCGACGGGCGUGAGCCGCUGCCCGGCGGGUGCAGGCUCAUCUGUAAGCCGUCGGCGCUGGCCCAGUGCCUGCUGCGCGCCUUGCGACGCUCGGCAGCGCUGGAGCCGGGCCCGCGCUCCUGGCUUUCCGGGCCCCACCUGCAGACCCUCUGCCACUUCGUGCUGCCCGUGGGGCCGGGGCCUGAGCUGGCCCGGGAGUACCUGCAGUUGGCGGACGACGGGCUGGUGGCCCUGGACUGGGUGGUGGGACCUUGCGCCCGGGGCCGCCGGGUGACAAACGCCGGGGGCCUUCCGGCGGUGCUGCUGGUGAUCCCCAAUGCGUGGGGGCGCCUCACCCGCAACGUGCUCGGCCUCUGCCUGCUCGCCCUGGAGCGCGGGUACUACCCGGUCAUCUUCCACCGCCGCGGCCACCACGGCUGCCCGCUGGUCAGCCCUCGGCUGCAGCCUUUCGGGGACCCGUCCGACCUCAAGGAGGCGGUCACUUACAUCCGCUUCCGACACCCAGCGGCCCCGCUCUUCGCGGUGAGCGAGGGCUCGGGCUCAGCGCUGCUGCUGUCCUACCUCGGCGAGUGCGGCUCCUCCAGCUACGUGACGGGUGCCGCCUGCAUCUCGCCGGUGCUGCGCUGCCGCGAGUGGUUUGAGGCCGGCCUGCCCUGGCCCUACGAGCGGGGCUUUCUGCUCCACCAGAAGAUCGCCGUUAGCAGGUACACCACGGCCCUGGAGGACACAGUGGACACCCGCAAACUGUUCAGGAGCCGCUCCCUGCGAGAGUUUGAGGAGACCCUCUUCUGCCACACCAAGAGUUUUCCCAUCACCUGGGACACCUAUUGGGACCACAACGACCCCCUCCGGGAUGUAGAUGAAGCCGCCGUGCCUGUGCUGUGUAUCUGUAGUGCUGAUGACCCCGUGUGUGGGCCCCCAGACCACUUCCUGCCGACUGAACUCUUUCACAGCAACCCCUACUUCUUCCUCCUGCUCAGUCGCCACGGAGGCCACUGUGGCUUCCUGCGCCAAGAGCCCUUGCCAGCCUGGAGCCAUGAGGUCAUCUUGGAGUACUUCCGGGCCUUGACUGAGUUCUUCCGAACGGAAGAGAGGAUGAAAGGGCUGAGCAGGCGCCGAGCUUCGUUCCUAGGGGGCCGGCGACGCUGGGGAACCCUGCAGAAGCGGGAGAUCUCUCCCUCUUCCAAUCUGGAGGAGAUCUUUAGCUGGAAGCGAUCGUAUACAAGGUGAGACCUGGCCUGGGAACCCCUCAGUUCUGGAAGGAAGAACAGAGCUGGGCAUGGGAGAGUCCUGAAAGGCGAUGAGGGCCGAAUGGGGCAAGCAGCUCCAGCUCUUUGCCACUGAUGCAGCCCAUUCUCUCUUAAACUGGUCUGUGGAAAGACAUGGAACUUCCAGCAAGCUGGCGCUGACUUUACCCUGAGCAGAACUCCUGCUCAGACUCUGCUCAACACAUUCCUGCUCAUCCUGGUCAGCAGCUGGACAUUCCCGGUCACUGUCUCCUGUCACCAACUGCAUAAGCCAAAGAAUAGCACCAUUUAAGCC